CAUACGUGCACAAUAACCGCUCCACUUUGGUCGCAUUGCACGCCACAGCAACGAGAGACCGAGCGAGCGAGAGGGAAAAAAAAAGGAGAGGCCGAGAAGCCGCUUCAGCUAGCCGUCGUAGCGAUAAGGGUAGCUGCCCCGAGCUAGCUGGUGCUCCGGCAUGAUGGCGGCCACGGCGUACUCCGUGGCGCUCCUCGGCGGCGCGCGCCUUCCCGCCGCCCCGCGCUCCGCCGCCCUCCCGCGCCGCAGCGCCUGCCAGCUCCGCCUCCAAGAUGCGCCGAGGCUCUCCCUGCUCCGCGUGAAGGCCGCCUCCGAGGACACCUCGGCCUCCGCCGACGAGCUCAUCGAGGACCUCAAAGCCAAGUGGGACGCCGUUGAGGACAAACCCACCGUGCUCCUGUACGGCGGCGGCGCCAUCGUCGCGCUCUGGCUGACGUCCGUGGUCGUCGGCGCCAUCAACGCCGUGCCUCUGCUACCCAAGAUCAUGGAGCUCGUUGGCCUCGGCUACACCGGCUGGUUCGUCUACCGCUACCUCCUCUUCAAGGAAAGCCGGAAAGAGUUGGCUAGCGACAUUGAGACCUUGAAGAAAAAGAUCACCGGAACAGAAUAAACGCACGCUCUUGGAGAGUUUUGAGUGGUUCUUUCAUCUUGGGGGAGAAAAUAUGUAAUGGGAGAACCGUCUGCUUGAGUACUACUGCCGAUGUGUGCUAUAUAUCUGGAUACAAAGGAAGCUUUGUUAUGUUGUGCAGUAACAUUGUAGUUUAAAUAUAUCGCUCUACCAGUUUGUUUAAUUUCUC